GAGCCUCUCAGGAUGGUGCUGGUUGGAAAGACUGGCUCUGGGAAGAGUGCUGCUGGAAACACCAUCCUGAGACAAAAUGUUUUUGAAUCAAAAGUUUCUCCCAAAUCAGUGACAAAAGCUUGCAAGAGAGAAACAGGACAGAUCGAUGGUCGACCUGUUGUUGUGGUUGACACUCCAGGUUUGUUCGACUCGUCUCUGUCCAAUGAUGAAAUUAAAAACGAGAUUCUAAAAGGCGCCAGCUUGUUGUCUCCUGGACCUCAUGUGAUCUUACUGGUGCUGCAGAUCGGAAGAUUCACGGAGGAGGAAGAAGAAACAGUUAAUCUGAUCAGGGAGAUUUUUGGUGACAAUCCAGAAGAUUACAUCAUUGUUCUGUUCACCAGAGGAGAUGAACUGAAAAAUCAGUCAAUUGAAAGUUACAUGAAGGAUUUUGAUGACUACGUCAGAAACCUGAUCGAUGAGUGCGGAGGCAGAUAUCACGUCUUCAAUAAUAAUGAUCAGACAAACCUCAGACAAGUCAAAGAGCUGAUAGAGAAGAUUGACAACAUGGUGAGAAGAAAUGGUGGCAGCUGCUACACAACAGGGACAUGGGACAUGUUCAUUACAGACCAGAGAGAUCAGGGUCAGAGCAGAGAGCCUCUCAGGAUGGUUCUGAUCGGGAAGACUGGCAACGGGAAGAGUGCUUCUGGAAACACCAUCCUGAGACAAGAUAUUUUUGAAUCAAGAGCUGCUCAGAAAUCAGUGACAAAAGCUUGCCAGAGAGAAACAAGAGAGAUCGAUGGUCGACCUGUUGUUGUCGUCGACACUCCAGGUUUGUUCGACUCGUCUCUGUCCCAUGAUGAAAUUAAAAAUGAGCUUCUGAAAGGCGUCACCUUGUUGUCUCCUGGACCUCAUGUGAUCUUACUGGUGCUGCAGAUCGGAAGAUUUACAGAGGAGGAAGAAGAGACAGUUCAUCUGAUCAGGGAGAUUUUUGGUGAAAAUUCAGCAGAUUACAUCAUUGUUCUGUUCACCAGAGGAGAUGAUCUCAGUGAGCAGACAGCUGAAAGUUACAUAGCAGAGUGUGAUGACUACACCAGAAACCUGAUUGCUGAGUGUGGAGGCAGAUAUCACGUCUUCAAUAAUAGAGAUCAGACAAACCACAGACAAGUCAGAGAGCUGAUGGAGAAGAUUGACAACAUGGUGAGACAAAAUGGUGGCGGCUGCUACACAAUAGGGACAAGUGUUGAAAAACGUGUUAACAAGAUGAUGAAAGAGAUGGAAGAGAGGGAGAAACAGCUUGAAAGAAAACAUGAGGAAGAAAUGAGAGAGAUGAAACAAAAAAUAGAUGCACAAACCGCUGAAAUGGAGAAGGAAAAAGCCAAAAAGGCCGCCCUGCAGGACGCCUUGGAGACAGCGGACUGGGACAUGUUCCAACACAGCUCUGGUGAUGACGUCAGUUUGUUUACGGAGGCGGUUGUGGGAUUUAUUGGGAAACUAGUGGAGGACACUAUCCCCAAAAGAACCAUCAGGGAGCUCCCCAAUCAGAAGCCGUGGAUGAACAAAGGCAUCUGCGACGCUCUGAAGUCCCAUACCGCCGCCUACAACACAGGACUGGCUACCGGAGACAUGGGACUGUACCGGGCCGCUACGUACAGCGAGUUAGGGGGAGAAGCUGGAGUCACAGCUGCAGCAGAGGGGCAUCAGGGGACUGUGGCAGGGACUACGAACAGUAACGGACUGCAAAGCAACACCGAUGCCCAUGGUCCAAGGAUGUACCUCUCGGUUGGACAAUAUGGCAUCUGCCAGUGCCGAACCAUCUCCGGACCUCCCCGUGAGUACUCCUCCCGUUCCUGCUCCCUCUUCUCCACCCCCCGCAACAUAAUCCACACCUGGAUUGGAGAACUGCUACAGUCUCCAGUUGGAGCGUUCUGUGCCAGGCAGAGUGUUUGCAGUCCGCUGCCCCAGAAAAGAGACGUGGCUCCCGGCGACAUCGGACCUCGCCGCUCCCGAGCGUCGCGGAGGUUCCGCCGCUCCCCAGCGUCGUCUGCCACACGCACUGUCUUCGAUCCAUUGUCCGACAGAAGAGACGUAGAUCCCGGCGGCAUCAGAUUUCGCCGCUCCCCAGCGCGCUCCCCGCUCCCGCUGCUCCUGAGGUCCCGCCGCCGAGCGUUCCUGUUCCCGAGCGGGUCGACGCCGCCACCGAGCCGCUUCCAGUUCCUGUUCCGGAGCGGUUCUUAA